AUGUCUACCAUCCUCAGUAUUGUUGUAUGGCUUUGUUCUUUGGCGUUUUCCUCUGCCGCGAAUAUCGACGAUAUCUCGUUUUCCAAUUUGGAAAUUGCUCCAUUGACUUCCAAUAAGCAACCCGAUCAAGGUUGGACCGCCAGUUUUGAUUUUACUAUCGCUGAUGCAUCUUCCAUCAAAGAGGGCGAUGAAUUCUCAUUGUCAAUGCCACAUGUUUAUAGAGUUAAGUUGUCAGAUGUGUCUCAAACAACUACCAUCUCAUUAAAGGAUGGUACUGAGGCUUUCAAAUGCUAUGUUUCCCAACAAGCUGCUUACCUACACGAAAAUACGAUUUUUAGAUGUACUGCUCUGACUAAAUUAUCCUCUUAUAAUACCAUUGACGGUUCCAUAACAUUUUCCCUUAAUUUCAGCAACGGUAAUUCCAAGUAUGAAUAUGAAUUAGAAAACGCGAAGUUUUUCAAGUCAGGACCCAUGCUUGUUCAGCUCGGUGAUCAAAUGUCUGACGUGGUAAGUUUCGAUUCUGCUACAUUUACAGAAAACGUUUUGCAUUCUGGGCGUACAACUGGUUAUGAUUCGUUUGAAAGUUAUCAUUUGGGUAUGCGCUGUCCUAACGGAUAUUUCUUAGGUGGUACUGAAAAGAUAGAUUACGACAAUUCUGAACAGAAUGUUAAUUUGGAUUGCUCUUCAGUUCAGGUUUAUUCAUCCAAUGACUUUAACGAUUGGUGGUUUCCACAAAGCUACAAUGAUACAAAUGCCGACGUUAGCUGUUUUGGUAGCAGCUUAUGGAUUACACUUGACGAAAAAUUAGAUAAUGGUGAAAUGGUAUGGGUAAACGCGUUGCAAUCCCUUCCUGCGGGUACAAACACUGUAGAUCAUGCACUGCAAUUCCAAUAUUCAUGUUUCGACACCAUAGCAAAUACUACAUACGCUACACAAUUUUCGACUACUAGGGAAUUUAUUGUUUAUCAGGGCAAGAAUCUCGCCACUGCCAGCGCUAAUACAUCAACUACAACUACUGGAUGGGUAUCAGCUACUACUACCGGGUGGACUUCAACUACUACAACUGGAUGGACAAGUAUAUACGCUAGCACGUAUUCCACUGAAUCCACCGUCACGAUUGGAAAAGACACUCAAACCACGCCGGAAGUAAUCAUCCACGAGGGGACUUCUAGCACACAGUUGGCUUCAACUACUAAAACUGGAUGGACAAGUACAUACGCUAGCACGUAUUCCACUGAAUCCACCGUCACGAGUGGAGAAGACACUCAAACCACACCGGAAGUAAUCAUCCACGAGGGGACUUCUAGCACACAGUUGGCUUCAACUACUAAAACUGGAUGGACAAGUACAUACGCUAGCACGUAUUCCACUGAAUCCACCGUCACGAGUGGAGAAGACACUCAAACCACACCGGAAGUAAUCAUUCACGAGGAGACUCCCAGCAUACAGCUAACUUCAACCACCGUACUUAUUGAAAGUACAACUAUUGGAUGGACAGACGCUGUGAGAACUGUCACUUCACACUUUACCUCCUCUUUUCCUGCAAUGAUCAAUAGCAUACCACGGGUCUCUUCAUCCGUAGCGUUUAAAACGUCGGAUGCUUCAAUUUCCAGCACCAAAUCCGAGUACACUACAAUUAUUGCCAACACCACCUCUGUUUCCCCUGGAAAUUCAGAGACGAUUGUAAAUGAAACUUUUGCAUCCUUCACGAGAAGCUUCUUUUACGCCUCCCCUAGCUGCUCACUAUCACCCGAUCCAUCCUUUUCUAUGUCUGCUCCACCUGAUUCAUCUCUACGCGUAAGCAAAUCAUUGUCUAGCCUUGCGCAUACCUCUGGACCAACAUGUAACUCAUCCAUGGAAACGAAAAAUACAGAAGCCUAUGAGUACGCGACUUUAACAACAUCUAAAGCAGGCUCCAGCCCAUUGAGUGGAAUAGCAACUUCAUCUCAUGAGAAUGAAAUCGGUGGCUCCUCGACGUCGUCUUUGAUAGCACAUUACUCUUCUGCUCCAUACGGCCAACCAUCUUCGCUUAAUUUACAACUGAGCCCUACAUCAACCUCUAUUAUUUCAAUAUAUGAAGGUGAUGCUUGUACUUUUCCAUCGAGUGAACUGAGUUCCAUCUUUUUUCUUGUUAUAUCGUGCCUGCUGUGUUAG